ACAGCCACUUGUGUGUGUUUUUUUGCCAAUACUAGUCCUUUUUUUUCUAACCGGCUGUCCUUCCCUCUCUGUUCACAGAGCAACAAGCCGAUCAUGGAGAAGAGACGGAGGGCGCGGAUCAACCACUGCCUCAACGAGCUCAAGUCUCUCAUCCUGGACGCGAUGAAAAAAGACCCGGCCCGCCAUUCUAAGCUUGAGAAAGCCGAUAUUCUGGAGAUGACUGUGAAGCACCUGCAGAACGUCCAGAGACAGCAACUGUCCCAGGCGGUGUCCACGGACCCGCACACGCUACACAAGUUCAAGGCGGGCUUCAGCGAGUGCGCCACCGAGGUGAGCCGCUACGUGUCCCGCAUGGACGGCGUGGAGCCCGCGGUGCGCCAGAGGCUGGUGGCGCACCUGUCCGGGUGCGUGCAGGGCCUCCAGCAGGUCGCGCCGUCGCCCUUCUCCUUCCCGCCCAUGGGCCAGGGUCUCGGCUCGGGCCUGGGCCUCGGACAGGGCCUCAACGCCGGGCUCAGCCCGGGCCUGGGGUCCUCGCUGGCCUCGCCGCCCACCGUGCUGCAGCAGGUGCAGCAGCUCUCGGGGGACAUCAACAACAACAGCAACGUGUCCUCGUCGUCGCGAGUGCAGAGUCUGCAACUGAUCCCCAGCAGGCUACCAACUGGCGAGCUGGCGCUGUUGCUGCCCAACUCGGGACAGCUGUCUUCGCAGCUGUCCUCCGCCGGGCUGCUAUUCCCCGCGGCCAGCACGGCUGCCACGCCGGCCCCGGUCGAGGCCGCUAACGCCAUCGGCCUCUCCACCCCCGUCAUGAAGACAUCCCCACACCCCAGCGCCUUCACUGCGGUCGGCAACCUGGCAGGCCUCGGCUCGGUGGCGGCCACACCCCCAGCCAGUGAGACGACCUCGACAUCGGCCUCGGCGUCAGGAUCGGCCUCGAACUCACCGGACACCCCGCCGUCAUCGGCCAGGGCGCUGCAGCUGUCUCGCGUGGCCGCAGACUCGUCGACGCCGUCCACGCCCGAGUCCAUGUCCUCUCCUUGCUCGCAAGGGAGGCCGAGCAACGACUCGCACACCACGCCCACGUCCUCGUCCGUCGAGAUCAAGGUGGAGCCUAAGCUGGAGCCGGUCGAGAUCCUCACCACGCCGCGAGCGUCGCACUUGGGGCCGCGCGCCUCCAGCGCCUUGGACUUCUCCUUCAAGCGAUGCAUGUCGGACAGCUCCGAGGCCGAGGCCGAGGCAGAGGGCGCACCGCCCAGUAAGAUGGCCCGCUACACCCUCAGCGUCAUGUCGGCCCCAGCCACCUCCACCGGCCUCGGCGCGCCGUACGCUCCGGUACCUCUAGGCCACGGCCUCGGCCACAGCCUCCCGAGCCUUGCGAGGCCACUGCCUCUGCAAGCCUCGCACCACGGCGACGCGGCAGACGACAAGGAUAGAGACAUGUGGAGGCCGUGGUGAGGGGGCCUUCCCGGUGGGAUGUCUUUAUGGGAGUGGUGGAGUUUACUGCGAAUAGACGUUCACUGGCGUACCUGAUGUUGUUGUUUUUCAUAUCGACUGGCAUGUAGAUAUCUUGCUAUGGCUAAGUUAUGAAAAUGCCGAAAAAUCUUGUCAAAGGAAAUCCGUUGCACGGGGAAAAGCCUCCGGGGUAUCAAUUAUAAUGACUUUGUAUACAAUGUGAAUGCAAAGUGUAUAAAAAUUUUGUUACCAAGGGUAGUCCUUAUUCCUCAAUGUUGCCUCGAAUGAUUUUACUUUCUUUGUAUCCGUCUGUGAUUAUAUUGAUUGCUUUAAAAACUACUGUAAAUAUUUGUUGUGUUUAUGUGCCUUAUAAGUGAUUGUCACUUAUUUGUUAGUCUUAUAUAUGCCAGCCAUUUUGUGAUAAGAGUUUUUUUUAGAGUCCAUGACACCUGUAUAUGCCAUCCCAAUGGAUGCAGAAAUCAGGUGCGGUGACAUAUUAAUGGCAAUGAUCUCGAAUAUAUUGUACAAAAGCGUGCGUAGAUAUAUAUGUAAACUACCUCCCGCUGGAGGUAGAGUGCAACACCACAAGUGCCUUACUUUCUCUCUGAGGUGUUACAGUCAAUACGAUCUGGCACCAGAGUAUAUUAUUUUUUAAGUUUGACUGUGCCUUAGCGUCGUGUCUCGAAUACGUGCUCGAAAUCGAGCAAUCGAAAAUGUGUACCGGUAAACGUGUAAAUAUUUUACGCACUGUAAAUGACGUCUGGAGGACCACGUAUUUACUUUGAACACUAUUGCCAAACAUACUUAACAUCAGUGGUCGGGUGAAAUAUACACUCAACCGUGACGUGUACUGAAAAGAAAAUACAGAAACUACUUUUUUUCUCCAUUCCAA